CAUGAUGAUCAGUAACAGAUCUGGCCUGCUGUGAAAACUUUGCAAUUCAAGAGUUCAUCAUGCAUCGUUCUAUACCUUUACUGUGAGUUUGAAUCUGAUGUUUUUGGUCUCUUCCCAAACCUGAAGAAUGUGGAGUGGAAUGUUUAUAUAUGGGUAGAAUUGGAGCAUAAUAUUUUGUUUUGCAUUUAUUUGUUGACGUAGUUUUCAGUAGCCUUCCUUUCACCUUGCACGACCCGGCUGAGUUUUAUCCGUUUCCUGACCAUCUCUGUAUUUAUAUCAUGUCACUGACACCUAAUCGCAGCGGACUGCAUGAGGUGCGCUCAACGAACUUUCCGUCUGUCAUGGAACUAAAUGUAGGAGGUGUAUUUUACACAACCUCUCUGAAUACGUUGACCAAAGAACCUACUUCUCUACUAGGACAAAUGUUUACAGGUAAAGGCAGCAAAACAGUAAUGCGAGAUUCCAAGGGAAAAUUCUUCAUUGACCGAGAUGGCGUGAUUUUCCGUUAUAUUCUAGAUUAUCUUCGCAACCAGAAGUUGAUUCUUCCCGAAAACUUCCAUGAACGCGAACGCUUGAAGCAGGAAGCAGAAUAUUUCAAUCUUCCAGCAAUGGUAGCCAGUAUUGAAGCCCUUCCUCCACCUCCUUCCCAUUCUCAUCGACUAUCGGUACCCCUCAGCACAACGGCAAUUUCUCCUUCCGCAGGCAUUCCUGGAUACAUUACUGUUAGUUACCGAGGGACGUUCGCCUUUGGAAGAGAUGGAUUGGCCGAUGUCAAAUUCCGAAAGCUGACUCGUAUUUUAGUGUGCGGCAAGGUUGGUCUUUGCCGUGAAGUAUUUGGAGAAACUCUGAACGAGAGCCGAGACCCUGAUAGAUGUAACAAUGACCGUUACACGGCACGGUUUUUCCUGAAACAUAAUUUCUUGGAGCAAGCUUUUGAUAAUCUCAACGAAGCUAACUUUCGUUGUGUCGCAGCAGCAGGUUCCGGAACGGCCUGUGGAGGCUCAGGCGAGCCACUCAAGCCAGGGAUGGAUUCAGAAGAGAAUCGAUGGAACCACUACAACGAAUUCGUGUUUGUCAGGCCGUAACUUCUGAAUAAUGGCUUCCAGGCGGCAACAGGGCAGUGCUAAGAGUAACGCGGAUUUGAAAUGUAUAAAACUAUCUACUUAAAGAAAACAACAACACAAUUUUGAUUCUUAAAUGAAGGACAAAAACUUUUUUCUUUCAUAGAACGAUCAAAUUUCUGCUUGCUGAGCUACUGAGUUGCUGAGUGACAGAUAAGCUUAUUGACGUGGAUAAGAAGAAUGAUAAAACAAACUACUACUGUACAUCCUCAUGGUAGGAUAAUUUGUUCCGAAUAUAAAGGAACAUCCCAGUGUUUAGAAACCUGAAUUGUUGUAUUUUUGCCUUGUUGUUAUUUUAUAGCAUAUUAAAUCAUAAGUUAGAGUACGUUAUCAUAUGAACACAAUUUGCAGUUCUACACGUCUAUAUUAGAUCUAGAUUGUAUCCGUAAAAUUUGAUUUGAUGUAGAUUUUGUAGUUAACAGAAACAGACGAUUUAUUAAAGAUGGCAAAUUGGGAAAGUUAAAACGUAA